UUUCCACUAAGGGCUAAUUAGGGAGGUUGCCUUGAAGAAUAAACUUACCAUUUAUAUAAAAGGGCUACUGGACUGAUACACAGCUGAAAACCCUCAGUUCUGGACUGAACUCCCAGCAGGUGUGGAGUUGCAAGAGCUCUGGAAAAGAUGUUGGUGCUAAACUGUUCUACCAAAUUACUGAUACUGGAGAAAAUGUUGAAGAGUUGCUUUCCUGAAUCACUCAAGGUUUACGGAGCGGUGAUGAACAUAAAUCGUGGGAACCCCUUUCAAAAGGAAGUGGUGUUGGAUUCAUGGCCGGAUUUCAAAGCUGUUAUCACCAGACGACAAAGAGAGGCUGAGACAGAUAACCUUGAUCAUUAUACUAAUGCCUAUGCUGUGUUCUACAAGGAUGUCAGGGCUUAUCGACAGCUGUUGGAAGAAUGUGAUGUUUUUAACUGGGACCAAGUUUUUCAAAUACAAGGGCUGCAGAGUGAGUUAUAUGAUGUUUCCAAAGCGGUUGCCAACUCAAAGCAGUUGAAUGUAAAGCUAACUUCCUUCAAGGCUGUUCAUUUUCCUCCUGUUUCAACUCUGCCAGAUACCAGUUUCCUCAAGGGGCCUUCCCCACGACUAACCUACCUGAGUGUUGCCGAUGCGGAUCUACUCAACCGGACUUGGUCGCGGGGAGGCAAUGAACAAUGUCUCCGGUACAUCGCCAACCUCAUCGCCUGCUUCCCUAGUGUGUGCGUCCGGGAUGAGAAGGGAAACCCGGUCUCCUGGUCCAUCACAGACCAGUUUGCCACCAUGUGCCAUGGCUACACUCUGCCAGAACAUCGCAGGAAAGGUUACAGCCGGCUGGUGGCCCUCACGCUGGCCAGGAAGUUGCAAAGCCGGGGAUUCCCCUCUCAGGGGAACGUCCUGGAUGACAACACGGCGUCUAUAACCCUCCUGAAGAGUCUGCAUGCUGAAUUCUUGCCUUGUCGCUUCCACAGGCUUAUUCUCACCCCUGCGACUUUCUCUGGCCUGCCUCACCUCUAGCCCAGUGAAAAACUGCAGUGGUUUUCUUACUUUCCAUGAGCAUACACACACUCUUGGCUGCCAACGAGGGGAGAGUUAAAAUGGGAAUCAGGAGACUCUUGAGUUGUUGGAAAGGGUCUGGAGAAUACAUACAGGAUCCACUUGAGAAGCCUUAAUUUUUCGUAUCUCAGGUUUCUCCAUUAAAUAGCUGUGGGGGCGAAGAGUAACUGUGGCUGAAGACUGAGGACGAUUGUCCUCCUUUAGGAUCCACUGUAGGAGAAUAGGUUCUAAAGCCAGCAGUUUUAGUGUACUAGGAGAAAUUACUGCAUGAGAACAAAUGAUUUAACAGAGGACCAUGUGGCUACUGCUUUUUGAUUGCUGCUUGGACCUCUGCUCUGUAUUCUUAAAGCCACACCGCUUCCCUACUGCCAUCAUAUUCCCUUGUCCCCACUGCUAUGUCUCAUCAACCUCUGUUCCUAACACCUCUGCCACCAAGUUCUCUGUAGAGUAACCUCCUUUUUCCCCUUUAAUUACUUGCUCUUUACUUCUGCCUAGGACUCUAGCCUAUAGUUCACUGCCCUGGGAAUGUUCAAAUGUAGUGGUUCUUACAUUUUAGUGUUUAUCAGAAUCACCCAGAGGGCAGGUUGCAACACACAUCACUAGGCCUCUUCUUCUACGAGGUAGGGCCCAAAAAUUUGCAUUUCUAACAGCUUCCCACUGCUUAUUUGCCUUGGAUGAAUGACAAUAUGGGCAUUUUGAUGCUAUAAACAAAUGCUGUCACCAUAGGACUAGACUUUACCUAUAAUCUGUUUCAGCCCCCUUAUUUAUAGUCUACUUUCCCAUAUAAAACUAAGAUUCAUAUAUAGGGGUGUUUGGGGGUAUGCAAAUGAAUAUAUAACAUAUAUGCAUACACAUAUAUAUACAUUGUAUUCAUUUCUUCUAUAUGUAUAGGUAUAUAUACUCAUAGAAUUUUGAUAAGAUAAUAAAUUUUAACCCUCUGAUUACAUAUGAAAAAUUUGAGGACCAGAGAAAAGAAAUGACUUUGGCAAGAUUAUAUUCUUUAUAAUCAGUACUGGAGGCAAAGCCAGAAUGCUGCCAUUUUAAUUCCAAUCUGUUAUUUUCACUAAAUCAUGUAUCCUUUUUUAUAAUGAAAAUUAAAAUGCUUACAUAAUUAAAAUAUUAAUUUUA